CGUAAAGACCUGACCACUGCAGGGGGGGGGGGACCACUGAAAACCCUCCUGCUGGUUCGCAGAGCGGCGUGUGUCCCCCCCGAGCAGGAUGGCGGACGGACAGGUCUCCGCGGCGGAGGAUGAGAGCGUGGACGGCGGCCUGCUGGGGGACUACAGGCGGCUGACCCGGCUGUACUGCAUGAAUGGCGGACAUCGCCUGCAGAUCCUGCCCGACGGGACGGUGCGGGGCCAGAGGGACGACGGGGACGUUCACACUGUUUUAAAGAUCAAAGCUGUGGACAGAGGUGUGGUGGCCAUCCAAGGAACAGAAGCCGGGCGAUAUUUGGCAAUGAGCGAUGAGGGGUGCCUCUACAGUUCGCCCACGGUCACUGACGAAUGUUUCUUCCUGGAGAAACUGGAGGAGAACCACUACAACACAUAUCGGGCUCAGAAGUCCGAGGAGAGGAACUGGUACGUCGCCCUGAAAAAGAAUGGAAAACCUAAACUGGGUCCAAGAACUCACAUCGGUCAGAAGGCCGUCUUCUUUCUGCCCCAACAACUGGACGGAGUGAAAUGAAGACGUUCAUCUCAACAUGCAGCGACACUUCAACCAAAAUGGCCUGGAAGCUGCUCCAGGAAGCGCUUGGAGGUGCAGGUGAAGCUGCAGCCUUUCUAGCUCUGAUGCAUAUUUAUUUAGGAAAGGAGCAG